CCUCCUCCAGACCUUGGACCCCUUCGACUUGGGCGACGAAGACAUUGGGGGGGGGGCUCCCCCCAAACCUGAGCCGGAGUUGGGGGGGGCCAUGGACACCCCAAAGAGGCUCUGCCCCCCAUUGCCCCAUAGCGACAGCGUGGAUGAGCUCCUGCAUCAGGAAGUGGUAGAGCCCGCCCAAGCCCCGCCCCCGGCCCCCCCCGAGGACCAAUGGGCUGUGGCCAUUGACACCAGUGAGCCAAUGGGGGACUUCGAGAGCCUGGUGCCUGACCCGGCCUUUAAGUGGCCCUUUAAGCCGGACCCGUUCCAGCUGCAGGCCGUGCUGUGCCUGGAGCGGGGGCAAUCCCUGCUGGCGGCCGCGCACACCUCGGCGGGCAAAACGGCCAUCGCCGAGUACGCCAUUGCCCUGGCACAGCGACACAUGGCUCGCUCCAUUUACACGUCUCCCAUCAAGGCUCUUUCCAACCAGAAGUUCCGGGAUUUCCGGAGCACCUUUGGAUCUGUGGGGCUGCUCACGGGGGACGUCCAACUGCACCCCGAGGCCUCCUGCCUGGUCAUGACCACCGAGAUCCUGCGCUCCAUGCUCUACAACGGCUCCGAUGUGAUCCGGGACCUGGAAUGGGUCAUCUUCGACGAGGUCCAUUACAUCAAUGAUGCUGAGGUGAGGGGGGGGCCGCUAUGGGGCGCCUAUGGG